AAUUUAAUUAAAGUUUAUUUUCAUGGCUGAGUAUUAAAUAUCACAUUAAAUAAUGGCUAAUUGGAAUAUGAGCAGAACCUGCCCAGCCCAAGCUCUCUAAGAAGACGAGGAAAAACUCCUCCAAAAUCCUGAGGCUAGAUGGAAAAUGGGAAGAAACCUCGGGAAAGGCAAUUCAAAGAGAGAUCCCCUCUCCUCGAACGGCUGGGGGUGUUACAGGAUCUGCAAAAAAAAAACAUUGGGCAAAGGCGGGGCACACACGCUGGUGACCUGUUCAGGGUCGCCAGGCCAUCGCAGGCAGGCAACCGGGUCGCCAGGCCAUCACAGGCUAGUGACCGGGUCGCCAGGCCAUCACAGGCUAGUGACCGGGUCGCCAGGCCAUCACAGGGUGGUGACCGGGUCGCCAAGCCAUCACAGGCUAGUGACCGGGUCGCCAGGCCAUCACAGGCUGGUGACCGGGUCGCCAGGCCAUCACAGGCUGGUGACCGGGUCGCCAGGCCAUCACAGGGUGGUGACCGGGUCGCCAGGCCAUCACAGGCUAGUGACCGGGUCGCCAGGCCAUCACAGGCUGGUGACCGGGUCGCCAGGCCAUCACAGGCUGGUGACCGGGUCGCCAGGCCAUCACAGGCUGGUGACCGGGUCGCAAGGCCAUCGUCGCUCAAACAGGACCACAUGGGGCCGGCCCUGUAGCGCCAGCCUAUCACAGGCCGGUGCCCUCGCCAGCCUAUCACAGGCCGGUGACCUCGCCAGCCUAUCACAGGCCGGUGACCUCGCCAGCCUAUCACAGGCUGGCCGCCCCGGAUCCUCACGUUCUUCCUGUCAAAUAUAGAGCAACAUUAAUACUUGGAAGACUUGAGUAUUGUAUG